AUGGCUCUUAAGAAAUUGCAGAUGGAAAGAAAAGAGAUAAAUCAACUUCAGGACCAGUACAGUCAGAUCAAUCCCAAAGAAAUAGAGACAUUCUCUGACUUCCCUCUGAGUAAAAGAACGCUGUCUGCUCUUGAAGAGGCUGGCUACAAGGUUCCUACUGAGAUCCAGAAAGGGGCGAUAGGUCUGGCCUUACAGGGCCACGAUGUCCUAGGUGCAGCCAAGACCGGUUCUGGCAAGACUUUAGCAUUCCUGAUUCCAAUAUUGGAGUGUCUCUACCGGAACUCCUGGUCCGUACCCGAUGGUCUUGGGGCUCUUGUCAUCUCGCCUACGAGGGAGCUAGCUUAUCAGACGUUUGAAGUACUGUGUAAAGUAGGAUCAAAGCAUGACUUCUCCGCUGGGCUCAUCAUCGGAGGAAAGGACUUGAAGACUGAGAUGGAGAGGAUCCCGAAGACCAAUAUUGUUGUGUGUACUCCAGGGAGACUCCUACAACACAUGGAUGAGACGGCCUGCUUUGAGAGCCUAAAUCUGAAGAUGCUAGUCCUUGAUGAAGCAGAUCGUAUUCUCGACCUUGGUUUUCAGAAGACAAUGGACGCCAUCUUGGAUCAUCUUCCAUCUGAACGACAGACUUUACUCUUCUCUGCAACCCAAACCAAAUCGGUACGUGACCUGGCAAGACUCAGCCUUCUAGAACCCAAGUAUGUUGCUGUCCAUGAACAUCAUACUCACAGUACACCGGUUCAGCUAGAUCAGAGUUACAUUGUAUGUGAGUUGGAGCAGAAGCUGGAUGUCUUGUAUUCUUUCCUCAAAGCCCACUUAAAACAGAAGAUUUUGGUCUUCAUGUCCAGUUGCAAGCAGGUCAAGUACGUGUUUGAGGUCCUUGUUAAGUUGAACCCCGGUAUCACGGUGAUGGGGCUAUAUGGUUCCAUGCAUCAGCUACGGAGGGUAGCGGUGUACGAGGAGUUCUGCGUCAGAGAUUCAGCCGUACUCCUAGCCACUGACAUAGCUGCUAGAGGAUUAGACUUUCCUGCAGUGAACUGGGUCGUUCAGUUAGACUGCCCGGAGGAUUCCAGUACCUACAUACACCGAGUGGGCCGGACGGCCAGGUACGAGAAGGAUGGCGAGGCUCUCCUCGUUCUCCUUCCAUCGGAAGAGGAUGCUAUGGUGGCUGAGAUGGAGAAAAGGAAAAUUCCUGUUGAGAAAAUUGAAGUCAAUCCAAACAAGAAGUUUGCUAUAGAGAAAAAACUUCAGUCUUUCUGCGCACAGAGUGUAGACCUCAAGCAAUCAGCUCAGAGGGCCUUCAUUGCUUAUCUCAAAUCAGUCUACCUUAUGAAGAACAAGGAUAUCUUUAAUGUUCAUGUGCUUUCUCUUGACAACUUUGCAAGGUCUCUUGGUUUAGCAGUGGCCCCGAGGGUGAGAUUCAUCCAGAAUGCGGAGAAGAGAAAACAAGAGCAAAGCAAGAAAUCAAACAAAAACCAACAGAGAAUAUCAGAAACCACAUCAUCCAAAACUACCUCAGAGUCAAACCCAAAUGAAAGAACUUUACAGGAGGACUCACAAAAAGAGGAUAUCAGAAGAGAUGAAAGGAGAAAAGGAAGGACUGAAGAUGAAAGUGAUGAAUCGGAAGAAGAGGACGAGUCGGAUGAUGAGGAGGCCCCGGGAGCAGGAAGGGAUGGAGAAGGAGGAGAUGGUUUCCAUGACGAUGCUGAUGAGGAGGAUGACUUGCUAGUUAAGAAAGACAUCGAUGCCAAACAGAUUCCUGCCGAAGAUGCCAAUGAUGAUGAUCUCCUAGCUCCUGGUAGGCGUUCUAAGAAGUCUGAAAAAGCUCUGACCAAGUAUGCUCUGGCUAAGAAGAUCAGGAAGAAGAACCUACAAGUCAACACCAAGAAGGUCUUUGAUGAAGAAGGAGAGGUUGAAGGUCAGUGGCCACUAGCUCAACCCAAUGUAGCAUCUCGUCUCCAUGGUGAUGAGGAGGAGGAUGGAGGAGGCAUUGACAUCGAGAAGGCCAAGAAGUUUAUGGAGGAAGAGGAUAAACACGAUAAGCAACUCUUCAAAGAUCGGAUCAAGCAAAAGCAUUUGGAAAGGAAGCUAAAGGAAAAGAAAUUAAAGAAGUCAAAUAGAAAAAAACAAGACAGUGAUGAUGAGGAUGAAGGUGUCAGUCUUGGUAUCAGCCUGGAUGAUCAUCAAGAGUUUGAUCCGAUGAGCCUCCCAGAUCCUGAUGUCUACUCCGCUUUUGUUUCUGAUGACGAUGAUAGGGAUGCUAAUUCUCACAAAGAUGAAGAAGAGAACAGUUCUCAGAAACAAUCACAAAAGAAAUCGAAAUCCUCAUCAAGCCCAACCAAGAGGAAAACAGUCAAAGAGAAAAGCGAGAAGAAGAAGAAACGGAAGAUGAUGGAUGUAGAGGAUGAUGAUGUUGCCAUGGAUACAGGAUUAUCAUUAGAGGAUGAUGAACAAUUAGCACUCCAUAUGCUCUCUGUUAAUAGAUUCUGAGAUCAAGUGGAGAUAUUGACUGUAUUUAAAUCAUGACGACAUAUUUGAAUCACAUGCGACAGUCAGCUGAUCAUGAUUUCACUUUUGUUGGAAGACUGACGAAUGGCCUUCCAUACAUAGGGGUGAUUUCAUAUCAGGGGAUGUCGCAAAACAUUUUGAUAUUUAUGAUCCAUUGCAAAUAUCAAUAGUAAAUCUACAGGAUCAAUUGAAACUUGAAGCUCAUCAAUUUCUUUUUCCUGUUGUAAGAAGCUGACAAGUAUUACAAGCAAAUGCAAAUUAACAGUAAAAACUGUAACAAGUCUUGUGAUUAAUUUGGGGAAACAUGUUUUGUAAAUGAUUGUAAGUUUCAUGCAACACACCUCUAAUCUAGGGCCUGUUUCAUAAAGGACUUGCAUCUAUUGUAACCUUGCCAUUAUGGCAACUACCAUGGAAACCUUGAUUAUGAUUGGCUGCCGAGCCCUAUUACCAUGGUAGUUGCCAUAUGGCAUGGCAAAGUUACAACAGUUGCAAGUCCUAUAUGAAACGGGCCCCUGGUGAACACCUCCAAACGGUAGGCGUGUUUCAUCAAGGUGUUUUUCUAAAAUAGCAAUGACUUUAUGAAUGACUUGAAUGUGAAAAGCCAAUUGGAUGCUCGGUCAGUUUCUAAUCUACUUAGCGAAAAUUGAAAUAUGCAGACUUUGAUUAAAAUUCUGAAUUGUUAUGAACAUCAUAAAUGCAAAACACAUUUCGUCUACAAUCUUACAGGCAUUGUCAUGGCUCUUCAAGUCAUGGUCAUUCAUGUGCAAUUUCUUUCACAAAACAAAAUGGGCAAGGCUAUAGGAAAUGCCGAAAAAUAUGUUUGACAUUUUCCAUUGUUGUACCAUUUUUGCAAAAGAAA